UCUCGCUGCAUAGGGAGUCACAGCCGUGGAAGUGGCGGAGGCGGACAUUGUUAUGUUAAGAGCCCAGCUCCAGAGGAUGAGCACAGAUGAUGCACGUACUGUGAGCGGAUAACGGGUGAUUUGCGUCGUUGCGGAUCUGGAGGAAUGGAUUAUUUUUAGUGAGAGCGCUGCAGCACUGUGCCGACUUGUACCUCCAGCCAGAGGAGUUCAUUCAGCCGAGGCGAGCGGAGCACAGCCUGAUGAGACGAUGCCAGCGACGUAAAAACCACAACAUCUGCAGGGUGUGCAUCCGAGGCUGUUGGAUUAAGCCUCCGUGGAUCGACCGGGCCUUUGUAUGUAGGCCUACAGGAAAGAGGGAGAGACGGAGACGGCGAGGGGCGACUGUUGUCUUCAAAAUCCUGCGAGAGGAGGAGAAAUAAGGACGGCUGUAUGUCCUGGAGGCCUUUGGAAAACAGCCUGCUGCUGAGAGGAUGACAGAUUGACGUUAAUGUCGGCUUGUGGUGCAUUUCCAUACACGACCUCAUUAACAGAAGACAUAGCAAAACAAGGGUGAAGUCAUACUGAAGGAACCCCUAAAUCUAAAUAAAGACACCACAUGUUCAUGUGUCGAUUUCUCUUCCUGAUGCUGUGGUGAUCGUAUAUAUAACAUCUGGAGCACAGAUGAAGAAGACGAGGAUGUGAUGACUCUGUGUUGAGCACCAAAUCUUGCUACAUCUCAGCGCUUUUACUAGAUUCUCAGGUACCCAAAGGUUUGUGUUUUUUUUCUUCUACUUGUUUUUCUUUUAAAUAGAAAAUGGGUAGCGAAGGUGAGAUAAUAAACAGAGAACUGUCAAAGAUGUCUGACGAGGAUCUGCUGGCUUGCUCCAAAGAGGAGCUAGUGAGCCGGCUGCGUAAAGAGGAGUCAGACAAAAUCUCAGCCCUGAUCCAGCGCGGACGGCUCAUCAAGGAGGUAAAUAAACAGCUGCAGGGACACCUCCUCGAGAUCAGGGAACUGAAAGUCAUCAAUCAGCGUCUUCAGGAGGAAAACGUGGAGCUGCGGGACCUGUGCUGCUUCCUGGACGACGACCGGCUCAAGGUGAAGAAGCUGGCCAGGGAAUGGCAGCUGUUCGGGCACCACGCAGCCAAAGUGAUGCGGGAGGACCUGGGCGGCUACUUGAAAAAGCUCGCCGACCUGGAGCGCAUGCAGGACGGGCUGGUGAAGGAGAAUCUGGACCUGAAGGAGCUGUGUCUGGUCCUGGAGGAGGAGUGUGUGAGCAGGAGUGACUCCAGCCCUGGGGGCUCCACCGAGCUCAAUCUGCCUUGCAUGGUGGCCCGGGAUUUGGGGGACGGAAGCUCAAGCACAGGCAGUGUGGGAAGCCCGGACCAGCUUCACCUCGUGUGCUCACCUGAUGACUGAUGGCAGGUUUAUUUCAGCCGCUGACACAGGAGCUCAUGAGACAAAUUAAAAAAAAAAAAAGAAAAGAUAAAAAUAUCUGAGAAAGAGUAAAAAGCAGUAGGGCCUUGUGAAUGCUGCAAAAAAAUGUGUGCCACUCUAGAUUUUGACAACCAUACUACACACUUCAGGACUUCUCAAAGACAUUUAAUAGAUAUUUACCAGAUGAUAGCGUGUCUAAAUUUUCAGUGUUUUUUCUAAUGACUCUAAUGGAAACUCUCCUUUUUCACUGGGAAAAAAAAUGGGACCAAAAAAGUGGGUCACAUAUAUAAAUUUAUCUCAUGCACUGGACUAGCCUACACUGGUAGACGCCUUUUUUUUCUAUUGCACUGGACAACAUUAUCUUGGAUCUUUAAAUCACAGAUCUAAAGAUUAACUUCAAUCCAGUUUUGAGCCAUACUUAGUCCACUGAAUUCAAAUAGCACUGAACUAGGUGAGUUGUGAAUACAUUAAAAAAAAAGAAACUAUUUGAUAUUAGCUUUUGCUAGACGCCCAAUAAUGUGUAAUAUUUUAUGCACUCUCUUCCUCAGGACAGGAUUUGGAGUGCCAUAUGUGCAUGAUGAUUGUCACAAUUUCUAUAGGCCUGUGAACCAGCCUGAUGUGAAGACCAUUCAGGUUUACCAUGGGUGGGGCUGCUACUGUGCGUAAUCCAACAUGUGCUGGAGCCUGGGCAGAGCCGGCACACUUGUUAACAUUUUGAAUCAGACAUGAUAGAUGUCGUUGGACCUCGCUCAGAGCUGAACAAAAAGAAAAAAAAGUUUGGUCACUUUUUGUAACUGGAAACUCUUUGUAUCAAACUGGAAGGUCUACGAGUUUUAAUGGUUUAUAUUCUAUUCUAUUCAAGCCAGGCUGUUUAAAUUCACUUGUAUGAUUUUUUUUUUUUUUUUUUUUUAAAUGAUGUUGUUGUUGAUGUUCAAUUAGCAUAUCACAGAAUUUGUUUAAGUUGGCGAUUGUCAGCUUUCUCUUCUGUAACUCAUGCUUUGUAUUUAAUCUGUAACAUUAGGAAUAAUCCUUUCUUUAUCUUGAUUUAUCUGUAUUAACUAGCAUUACUAACCAAUUUCAGUUUAAGUCAUAGACAAUGCACAAGAUUUAUUUUGUUGUUAGCUGUUUAUUGGUGGGCUAUGCUCGUAGUGCACUGAAGAGCUUUAAAUACAGUGGGUAUGACACUU